ACAACUGGGUAUGUUUGUAUUCUUGCAGGUCUGUAGAGUUUGACUUAUUUGUGAAUUUAUUUUGAUCAAACAUUUGUUCUUACACGCAGAUUUUGUUUCGUUGUGUUUUGUUUAAUAAUAUAACACAAUAAAAAGAUGACAAAGGUAACGAUAAAUGUACAAUACGUGUUAAUACAAUGUAGCUGUGAAAUAAAUACAAUUUAGCUGUGUCUUGCAGAUCUUGCAGCGGGGCGGAACCCAAUUGUUAGUAUUAAUGUGAACAACACGUGGAUAUUGAAAGUCAGGCAGGACAGGUUGGUAGCAGGUUUUAUUUAUUUAUUUAUUUAUUUUUUAUAGAGGGGAGUUGUGCAAAUAGAGGAUCUGUCAGCUGAACGCAUAUGCGAUAUGCAUGAAAGAGAAUGAGUGGAUUAAAGAAACGCUAACAGAAUGGAUAUACGUUUGCUUUGCAACGACAUUUUGGCAAACUCUAAAGAAGGAUGCUUUUGUGUUUGUGAAAUUCGUUACAUUUUAUUCAUCACAAUUGUCGCGUUGGUUGUAAAAACAAAUAAAUGCAAUUUAGUAAUUUAAAGUUCCUGCUAAAAUGUGCAGGUAGGAAAUAUCUGGGACCUUUUGUUUGUCAUAAUUUGUUAUAUCAUAAUGUCAUGGCAAUUUGAUCGUUGACAAUGAAGAGCAAGGCGGAAUAGAAUCGUUCUUUGAUAUAUCAUACUACAAAGAAGAAAAAUGCAUAUUGAAUAAUUUAAACAAAAUGGAUUUACCAUUAAAUACCAGUGGAAUCAACGCGUCUCUUCUCGUCUUACCGGAUUCAACAUCCUCGGGAGUCGGUCAGUAUUCCCUGCCUGCUAUAGCGAGCCUGGCAGCAUUAGUAAGUUUCCUCAUUAUAUUUACCAUUGUUGGGAACGUCUUUGUUGUAAUCGCUGUACUUACAAGCAGGGCUCUCAAAGCGCCACAGAAUCUUUUCCUGGUGUCUUUAGCCAGCGCAGACAUCCUAGUCGCUACCCUUGUUAUGCCAUUUUCACUGGCUAAUGAACUCAUGGGCUACUGGUUUUUUGGAAGUGCGUGGUGCAAUGUUUACUUAGCUUUGGAUGUUUUGUUUUGCACUUCGUCAAUAGUGCACCUAUGUGCAAUAAGCUUAGACCGAUACUGGUCGGUGACCCAAGCUGUUGAAUACAACCUCAAAAGGACCCCUAAAAGACUCAAAUGUGUAAUAGUAGUAGUAUGGUUGAUUUCUGCUGUAAUAUCCUUCCCACCUUUAAUCUCUAUGGACAGAGACCCUGAAGAUGACGUUUACCCGCAGUGUAAACUGAAUGACGAGACAUGGUACAUUCUGUCGUCUUGCAUAGGUUCGUUUUUUGCUCCUUGUGUUAUUAUGAUAUUGGUGUACAUAAGAAUAUACCAAGUAGCAAAACACAGAACAAGGACUAUAUCUGAGAAAAAACAAGGGACAAACGGCUCUUCUCAAACUGACAAAGGACUGAGCAGAGGCGCCUCACUUAAAGCCAAUGGGGAAAAAGAAGAUGGGCAUUGCCUGUCUCAUCCCAAGGAGACCAAACCCCAGGAAGUAGAUGACAUAGACUUAGAGGAGAGCAGCUCGUCCGAUGGGAAAGGUAAAAAGGGUCAGGACACAAACUCCAAGAAGGACAGAAGAAGCAGGAGGAAAAACAGUUCUAUGUCUAAGCAAUCUAGUCGCAUUUCUAGGUCUAGCAACAAGUCUACUGAUAUGUUUACCUCAAGGCGAAAAAGAAGAAGCACAGUUUGCAGGAAGAAAAUCUCCCAAGCCAGAGAAAAAAGAUUCACAUUCGUCCUGGCUGUUGUAAUGGGCGUGUUUGUUGUCUGCUGGUUUCCGUUCUUUUUCAGUUACAGCUUGUAUGGCAUUUGCAGAGAAGCCUGUGAAGCGCCAGAAAUUUUAUUCAAAUUUUUCUUUUGGAUUGGUUACUGUAAUAGCUCUUUAAACCCAGUCAUUUAUACCAUUUUUAACCAGGAUUUCAGAAGAGCCUUUAAAAAAAUACUCUGCAAGAGAUGGAAAAAAUCCUUUUAAACUGUCAGAUGUGCCACAAUAAACAGUGCCGUAAGCGUUGUAUAUAUUCAAAAUCUGUCACGUUCUGGAUGUAUUGAGAUGAUUCAUGACCUUGACAAUCUAUAGACAAAUUAAGAUAUAUAAGUAUAGUCUAUUUUUAAGCACAGCCACGUUAAGAAUGGCAAACCCUACACAUGUUUCUGUAAAUAUCGUCAAGUUGCAAGUACUAUGUAUGUAAAUAACCUAACUUAAAGACACUAGGUGCGACUGAAUGCGUGUAGAGUUCACUGUACAUUUAGGUAAAUACAUGUGGUUGAGUGCAGAGCUUAUAAAUGUCUGUAUGCAGCAUUACACAGUUUUUCUGUAAUGUCUCCAUUCUGCUUUUCCCUUAUUAACAUAUUUUGAAUGUUAACAACUGAUUGAAAACAUUGAAAGCUGUACAGCCCAGUAAUGAAAUCGGUCUACUGUCUAGUUAAUGCUGUAAAUGGUUAAGUGUUAGAUACCAUGCUUCUGCAGCACACUAUUAACAAGGCUGAAAUGUUAACCCCUUCAUCUAGUUUUAGUCUCAUCUUGUUAAUAAUAUUCAAUAUUUGUUCUGAACACCCCUUCUUUACAUUUACAUUUAACAGCAUAUG